GCAGAGGCCAUGCCAUUGAAACAUUAUCUCCUUUUGCUGGUGGGCUGCCAAGCCUGGGGUGCAGGCUUGGCCUACUAUGGCUGCCCUAGUGAGUGCACCUGCUCCAGGGCCUCCCAGGUGGAGUGUACCGGGGCGCGCAUUGUGGCAGUGCCCACCCCCCUGCCCUGGAACGCCAUGAGCCUGCAGAUCCUCAACACGCACAUCACCGAACUCAGUGAGUCCCCAUUCCUCAAUAUCUCGGCCCUUAUCGCUCUGCGGAUCGAGAAGAAUGAGCUGUCCCACAUCAUGCCUGGUGCCUUCCGCAACCUGGGCUCGCUGCGGUACCUCAGCCUUGCCAACAACAAGCUUCAAGUUCUGCCUAUCGGCCUCUUCCAGGGCCUGGAUAACCUCGAGUCGCUCCUUCUGUCCAGCAACCAGCUGGUACAGAUCCAGCCAGCGCACUUCUCCCAGUUCAGCAACCUCAAGGAGCUGCAGCUGCACGGCAACCACUUGGAGUACAUCCCCGACGGCGUCUUUGACCACCUGGUGGGCCUCACCAAGCUCAAUCUGGGCAAGAACAGCCUCACCCACCUCUCACCCAGGGUCUUCCAGCACCUGGGCAACCUCCAGGUCCUCCGGCUAUAUGAGAACAGGCUCUCGGACAUCCCUAUGGGCACCUUUGAUGGGCUUGGCAACCUCCAGGAGCUGGCCUUGCAGCAGAACCAGAUUGGUAUGCUCUCCCCUGGCCUCUUCCACAACAACCGUAACCUCCAGAAACUCUAUCUGUCCAACAACCACAUCUCCCAGCUGCCCCUCGGCAUCUUCAUGCAGCUGCCCCAGCUCAACCGUCUCACACUCUUUGGGAAUUCCCUGAAGGAGCUCUCUCCGGGGAUCUUUGGGCCCAUGUACAACCUGCGCGAGCUCUGGCUCUACGACAACCACAUCACUUCUCUACCCGACAACGUCUUCAGCAGCCUCCACCAGUUGCAGGUCUUGGUCCUCAGCCGCAACCAGAUCAGCUUCAUCUCCCCCGGCGCCUUCAACGGGCUGACGGAGCUGCGGGAGCUGUCCCUCCACACCAACGCACUGCAGGAGCUGGACGGGCAUGUCUUCCGCAUGUUGGCCAACCUGCAGAACAUCUCCCUGCAGAACAACCGCCUCAGACAGCUCCCAGGGAAUAUCUUCGCCAACGUCAACGGCCUCAUGACCAUCCAGCUGCAGAACAACCAGCUGGAGAACCUGCCCAUGGGCAUCUUUGACCACCUGGGGAACCUGUGUGAGCUGCAGCUCUAUGACAACCCCUGGAGGUGUGACUCAGACAUCCUUCCGCUCCACAACUGGCUCCUGCUCAACAAGCCCAGGUUGAGGACAGACACCCUCCCAGUGUGUUUCAGCCCAGCCAAUGUCCGAGGCCAGUCCCUCAUCAUCAUCAACAUCAAUGCUGCUUUCCCCAGUGUCCAGGUGCCAGAGAUCACUGAUGUGCCCAGCAACUCAGAAAUGCCACGGUACCCAGACACGUCCAGCCACCCUGACACCACCUCCAUCUCCUCCACCACUGAGUUCACCAGCCCCAUGGACUAUACCGAUCUGACCACCAUCGUGACCACCAAUGCCCACAGCACGUGGGGCAUGACCCAGACCCAGAGCGGGCUGGCCAUUGCUGCCAUUGUCAUUGGCAUUAUUGCCCUGGCCUGCUCCCUGGCUGCCUGCAUCUGCUGUUGCUGCUGCAAGAAGAGGAGCCAUGCAGUCCUGAUGCAGAUGAAGGCACCUAAUGAGUGUUAAAGAGGCAGGCUGGAGGCAGGGCUGGGGAAUAGUGGGACCAC